AUGUGGUAUCUUUCGUACCCGAUAAGACGCGUAAGAGUGACGGUUAGAUUACCAGCUGUAUGUGACAUGCGGAUUGCGAUUAAUAGCACAGAUAGAGAUAUGAUCGGUAAUCGAUUUUGUAGAACUGCCGUGCCCAAGUACAGUCAGAUCGCAGUCAUGGUACGCCCCCAGAAAGAAGAGGCAAACGAGCGCAUGUCGGAUGCUGCGACUGAAAGCCUACUCGAUGGCCACUCGAGAUCGAGUCGUUACUACAGGUUAGAAAGAAAGUUCUGGUGGGGAUUUUCUUGUGGACAGCAACUGUCUAGGGCCCUGCACCUAAUCCUCCUAUCAACUUUAAUCGCCUUCCUCAUCGCCUACAUUGUCAUUCUUCAGCACGACCACCUUGUCAAACAGCUCCGCGCCCCGGGCCCAGUUCUCUCCCCUCCACAGCUUUCCUCGUCGAUUUUACCCCAUGCUGGGCACUUACCAAGGCCAUCCGCACACUGGACCGACUGCGGCAGUUCCCCCGAGGAAGCCAUCUCCAAGGGCUGUCGCUACGACGUGAUCCUCGUCGCCUGGGUACCAGCGGACUGCUUCGACGAGGAGCUGAUGGAGAGCUACCUCGCUGAGGUCGAGUAUCCCUUUUGGCUCGACCGCGCGCUGCAGCAACCAACAACUCUGACGGAGGUCCGCCGCGGCAUUCACCCGGUGGUGUUCUCGAACCAGGAGUUCCACAUGGCGCACUGCGCGUAUUUCCUCGAGAUGUCCAUUCGCGGGUUCCGGCAGCGGCGCGUCUGGGAUAACACCACGCUGGACAUGGAGCACAUGCGGCAUUGCGCGCGCACCGUCAGGGAUCAUUGGCUGCCUGAGAUGGGGUAUUCGCCGCUUCAUAUGUACUAUGAUGGCAUCUUGAUCCUGACCUCUAACCGCCUCGGCUCCUUCGACGAGGCCUUCAAAUCCCGCAUCCAGGUCUCCCUGCACUACCCCAAUCUGACCCGCGCACAGCGCUACAAGAUCAGGCGCAACUGGUUCACCCGGCUCAAGCGGCUGGAGAGCGCGCAAAUCGACUUCAACAACGUCGAGUGCUACCUUGGCGAGCUGGCUCAGCAGGCGCUGAACGGCCGCGAGAUCCGCAAUGCCAUCACGACGAGCCGCCAGUUGCCCAAAUUCAAUGGCAAGGAUUUAUCCCGUGCCGACCUGCAGCUUAUUCUCGAUGUCUCAGGUCGGUUCAUUAAGUAUUUGUGCACUUUGAAAGGGAGGCUUUGGGAUGACGAUAUCGCUAGGGAUUCUGGUUUAAGAUGA